CGACAAUGUAGAUAUGCCUCGUUAGCGACAGCGCCGACUUCUGCACCGCCUGUACCACGACCUUCGCAGAACGCGCCUCGGAUCGCCCGAUAUCCUUCGACACAGCCGCCAUCCUACAAGCCUGCGGAAUUCCGAAAGACCCAACUCAAUCGUCAAUAUCAGUCGCUAUUACGCUCAUCACCAGUGGUACUGCUAUUCCAACACAACAAUCUCAAGGCAACGGAGUUCAUGGCUUUACGGAGGGAGCUGGCGCAAGCACUGCGUAAGGUUGACGAAGAACAAGCAAAAGUUGGAGACGUCAGCUAUGUUGGGAGUGAAGCGAAGAUACAAGUCGUGCAAACUGGAAUUCUCGCGGCGGCCUUGAAGGUUGUCGAGUUUUGGGAUCCUAAUUUUGAUGCCGAUGCAUCAGCACAACCUGCCACCCAAGCAGCUCCGGGUAGCUCCCAAAGUCUUGUACAAGAGAAGGUUGUGGAGCACAAAUUGACCCACGGACUAUCCCGGGACGCCUGGCUCGCAGCUUGGAGAAGGAACAAGACGGCCAAGCACGGCCUGGAGCCACUGCUCUCGGGUCCUAUCGCGUUAUUCACGCUGCCAACUGUUUCCACCGCCCAUCUAAGAGCUGCACUAUCCAUUCUUGCCCCGUCGCCCGCCUUUCCCGCUCCCAAACGAAAGGCCAAUCCGGGCUACUACGAGGCGCCAGUCCAAAAUGCCCUCCAGAAGCUUAUGCUUCUAGGUGCUCGCGUUGAAGGCAAAGCGUUUGAUACGGAAGGCGUCCAAUGGGUAGGAUCCAUCCAGGGCGGCCUCGACGGUUUGCGCGCCCAGCUUGUCGCGGCUUUGCAGGGAAUCGGAGCUGGCGUUACGACUACCCUAGAAUCUGCUGGACGUAGCUUGUACUUUACAGUUGAGGGGCGGCGAAUCAUGUUGGAGGAGGAAGGGAAAGAAACAACCGAG